UUGCAUACAUUGAAGAACUCGCUUAACUUUAUUUUGUAAAUUAUUAUUUUAUUAUUAUGGUAAUAGUGCAAACCUGGGAGCUUUUUGUUGUCUUUUCCAUAUACGGUGGUUAUUAGUACAGGCCGUAGCCGCUAGAGAUACAAAAAUUUCUCUAUUAUUCGUCUCUCGGAUUUUGUGCUGGACAUUGGUAAUGUAGUUUGUGCCGUAAUCUAAUUUGGAUAGUAAAAUAAAAGUUUGGAAAUAAGCCAUUCCAUAUAAAACCAUGGAAGAACUAAAAGGUUCUCUAACUCAAUACAAUGAGCAAUUAACUAUGGUCAAUACAGCUUUAUUAGAAGCAACAGACAGUGAAAAAGAUUCACUACUGGCUCUGCAGUCUGACUUGCAUCAAUUGAUCCAGCUUACUCAGGAAAGCUUAGAUGCCAUCAUUGCAAAAGAAACCAGUACCUCUUCACAGCCUGGACUGCAGAAUGAAAAAAGUGACCUGGAUGAUGAAUAUUCCUUAUUUAUGAAAGAAAUGGCAGCAAGUGGUGCCUAUGAAGAAGAUACCUCACAAGAAAAACCUGGAAGUUCUAAGGAUGCUGGUACAUCAAAAGACAGUGAUGAUGAAAGUGACAUUGAGGAUGAAUUGGCAACUUUACUUGGUAUGAAGUGUGCAGUGUACCACACACACAAAUGGGGCGGUCAGCCCAGCCUUCACAAUGCAAUGGUCAGCUCAGUGGUGCCAAGGCAAGAUGAGGACCAGUUUAAUGAUCUUCAGGUGCGCGUGUUGUUCACGCAUCCCACUCACGCCGAGAUGCUGCCGUGCCCAUUCUUCCUCGACGGCGAAUGCCGCUUCGAUGAUGAACAAUGUAGAUAUUCUCAUGGGUCUAUUGUACACUUAUCCGAUUUAAAAGAUGCGAUUGAACCCGAUUUCGACGGUAUAAAAGUUGGCAGCAGGGUUCUUUUAAAGUUAAAGCCACCAGACGGUGAGGAGACUAGUUUAACAAAGAAGUCGAGUGAGAAAUACCACUUAUGGCACAGAGCGGUCGUAAAAAGCGUCGAAGAAGAGAAGAGGACUUGUAUGGUGAAGUUCGAGAGUGGUGUCAAAACUGGAGAAAAGAGGAAGUGUGACGACGAGUGUUUAGUGAACUUCGAAGAGAUCUUCCCCUUGACGGGUAAGAGUAGCUGCAAUUCAGACUCUGAUUCCGAGGAAAGCCUAAGUGACACGGAGUACCCCGAGAGCAAGGCGCCGCGGUCGGGAGCCACCAGGGCGCUCUUGGUGGAAAAGAGCCUGGAGAACCACGCUCCGGCUAUGGGCGAAUGGGAACGACAUACUAGAGGUAUAGGGUCGAAGCUGAUGCUGGCGAUGGGUUACGUGCCGGGCGCUGGGCUGGGCGCGGCGGGCGAGGGCCGCGUGUGCCCCGUGGAGGCGCGCGCCGUGCCGCGGGGCCGCAGCCUCGACCACUGCAUGGCGAUCUCUGAGAAACUCGCCGCUCAGGACCCUCUUAAGGUGGAGCAAAAACUAAAAAGGCUGCAGAAGAAAGAAGAGGAGCGCAAUAAAAGAGCGUAUGAGCGAGAACAGGAAAAGGAAAGAAGAAAUGUAUUUAAUUUCAUCAACAAAACUCUUGGUGACCAAUCCAAACAAGGGGAAACAGCGCCUCCUCCAGUCGACAUCAAGCAAUCUUCAAGCAAAGACUUGAAUAUAGAACAAUUUAAAAUAACUGAAGACGCAAGAAGGAUUGAAAAGGAAAUAAGCAAGUUGAACAGUUCCCUAUGUAGACAUUCAGCUGGCUCCGAUGGCUACAAGCGAAUUAACUCACAGAUCACUGAAAAAAAUGCAGAACUGAAUACUUUGAAGAAAAAAGAGCAAUUAAUAGCUAAGGAACAAAACCAUAGAAAGGAUAAGCGGAAAAUGACAGUAUUUUAACAUUAUGACAUUAUUUUAAAUAUUGUGUUGUGAAUAAUGUGAUUGCUGGAAUUUAAAUCGUGUUAUGAAACAGUACAAAUUGUACUCUAGAAUAAGAUUAUUUGAGAUUUUA